CACCCAGUCAGAUUGAGCUUGAGGGGCUUUGCAAAGAAAAAUGGGCUGCAACACCAUGCUUACUUUUCCUUCCUCUUUACAAUUCUGCUCUACUUUGAGUUUGGUCAUAAAAUUCAAUACAUUGAUGUUUGUGGUUUUACGAUAAGAAAAUGUGUCUUAGUCCCAUUAUGAGCUUAAAAUGUGUGUUUCUGUGGUAGGAGCGGGAAAGGAGGUCUCCACCUUUUAACCAUUUGAGAAUGCACCCGUUCUCCGAGGGAGUCAGUGCUCUKCAGAUCUACUGCAUGAAGGAAGGAGUCAAGGAUGUGUGCAUACCAGAUCUCAUUAAACUGCUAGACAUUCUUGGAGACAACGGGAACUUGAGGAAUGAGGAGCAAGUGGCAAUAAUUCAGGCUAGCACUGUUUUGUCACUGGCAGAAAAGUGGAUCCAGCAGAUAGAAGGGACAGAAGCAGCACUGCAUCAGAAGAUGAUGGACCUGGAGAUAGAAAUGGAAAUGUUCUGCAAACAGAAAGGCUAUCUAGAAGAAGAGCUGGACUACAGGAAGCAGGCCCUGGACCAGGCCUACAUGAUGGUUUUCACCAUUUUCCACUAA